AUGUCCCGUCGCAAACGCAGUCCCACCCCCGCUCCAUCUCGUUCCCCCUCCCGUCCUCGCUCUGCUUCCCCUCACCAUCGCCGAAUUGUCAAAAAACGUCACUUAGACAAGUCAGAGCCAUCUUCUGGCACGUCUCAUGGCCGCCGCUCAUCACCUCCACCACCCAAGAAGGCCAAAAACAGCCACCAGAGCGAAGAAACCUCUCGCUCUGACCUAGUCUUGUCUAAAAGACUGUCAAAGGAGUGCAUUCACUUCGCACAGUUCAUCACACGGAGUGGAGGUUUGUUCUCCAGGGUUGAAGAGAUCCUUCAUAUCGCUGUCGAUCGAGCGCUCUGCAGGGAGUUUGAGGACUACACCACCACCCUACCGCCUCAUCUCAAGGAAAAGGAGAGGCGCAUGACUGCUGAGGCGCGUGCAUGGCACGACAUGAUAUAUGCACACAUCAAGGACAACUGCCCGCUCUUCUACGAUCUCAUUCGUACCGAUGGGAGGCGUGAUGAACUUUUCAAGCGUAUCGAUGAGAUGCAGUCAAUUGCUUCUGAGACGCGGUCGAACGAUUUCAACGGCUUCAAAGAGUAUCUUGGUCGUUAUGCUGUCGCUGACAUUGAUUCACAGAAGGUUCUCGAGCCCUUUGUUGGCAAAGGUACGAAGCGCAGGACCAUGGGCUUUAAUCAUGACGAUCUCGCCCCUCUCCUGUGUCCCAUCACUCACAUUGACGAGUACUUGGCCAAUCGUGAUGGAACGCAGGCCAAACUUAAAAAUGGCAAGAUCAAGGUCACGCACAGGGACCUGCCCGCGUUUACCUAUGCAGGCGACACUCCCGGCGAGGACUUCAACCCGUCAAACGUCAAGGAGGGAAUAUUUGGUGGCUACAUGCUCGAACGUUAUGCAAAGCAUCUGUUCGUUGCCCCGAGCGCAGCCACAGAGAGCGAGCCUGUGCCCCUUACCAACCGCAGCAAUGCCGUGUUGAUGCGCUGCCCCCAGAUCAUUCCCGAACACCUUGCAUAUCUCACAAUUGCGAUACGGGGGGCCGCAACGUCUCAGGGAAAGUGGGGCGCCAAAGCAGAUGUGUCAUAUAACUGGCAGGCGGCGCACGGUCACAUCCUCAAGAUGGUUCGCCUCCCGAAGUUCAAGCGUGUCAUUGAUAAGGCUGUCCGCAGUCUGAACAAGAAGGUAUUCGGACAUGAGGAUGGUGCUAAGAGCCUCGACGUCGACUCUGACGACUCUGACGACGAGUCAGACAGCGAGAACGUCUUCUCACUCCUGGAUGCUCAGCUCAGAGCGUCCGCAGACUCUGGCGAUGACAGUGACAGCGACAAGACUGCUUCACGGGCCAAGCAUUCAGACGUCACCCUGCAGAUCCAGGACACUGAAACUGCACAUUUUGAGCAUUGCUCCUCAACCUCUCCCCCGCCUCGACGUGCAACGUCAGUGUUUGAUGAGUACGAGUACGAUGAGGAACAAGAAACCGAGCCUACAUCUCUGCCAUCGAGCGUCUGCUCGCAGUACUCUCGCAGAAAUGAGCGCUCGCCCACACAGACCGCGAACGUCGAGCGCAGCAAAGGUAAAGCUCGCGAGGUUGAGGCUCCCCGUGCCGAGGUGGAAGACGACUCGGUGACACAGCACAUCCGGCCCAACCCCAAGCAGUACCAGAGCAAGACUGGUGCCCUUGAUGCACGCAAGGCCAUGUCACCCUCUCAAGACCAUCGCAAGUCUGCCAAGGGUCCCGGUCAAUCAUCAAAGCAUGUUAUCCCUUCGAUGCCCACUCGCCGCUCCAGCAGACGCACUGCCAAAUCGCCACCUCCCCCAGCGCAUCGUGAUGCGCCAUCAAACCUCUUCAAUGAUGACGAGGAUCUGACGGAACCUGAGGACGAGGCGCUGCCCCCUCCCGCACCAAAGAAGGUCAAGAAGUCGACGAGGUCUCGACAGUAA